AUGGCUAGUAAAUCCUCUCCAAACAGUAACCCUAAUAACAUUAACAAUAAUAACAAUAAUAAUAAUAAUAACAACAACGGAGCAACGAAAGCUUCUUUUUCACAUAUACCAUUUUAUCCUUUAAAUUAUAAUAAACCAUUAAAAGGAAUACCGGUAUUAUUUAUCCCUGGAAAUAGUGGAAGUCAUAAACAAAUUAGAUCGGUUGGAUCAAAGGCAUACUAUGCAGUACAUAAAUCAAUGUUUGGUGGGGUCGAGAAUCCCAAUACAAGAGACCAAAAACCAAGAAGAGACUUUUCAAAUGAAUUGGAUAUAUUUACUGUUGAUUUCGAGGAGGAAUUAUCAGCUCUUGGUGGUGAAUUAAUGUAUAAGGAGACUACCUAUGUCAAUGAAUGUAUAAAGAUGAUUUUAGAGUUGUAUAGUCAACAAACAAAUUAUCAAGGUUCAAAACCAACUUCUGUUAUUUUAAUUGGUCAUUCAAUGGGAGGAUUGGUAGCAAGAAUGUCAGUUUUAAUGCCAAAUCAUAUUUAUGGUAGUGUUACUACGAUUAUAACACUCAAUUCAUCACAUAGAAAUGCACCAAUCUACUCUCAUACAUCUACAUCUCAUUUCUAUCAUCAUUUAAAUAGACAUUGGAGUCAAGAGAUUCAACCUUCACAUUUUGAAUAUAAUGAUAAUGGUGAACCAUCUAAUCUACCUUCAGUAUUUGAUAAUAUUUGUGUAAUUUCAAUUGCAGGAGGACAUAGAGAUACAUUGAUUCGAUCAGAAGCAACAUCAUUGGAAGGAAUAGUAAAUCCAAGUAAAUCAUUGUCAGUUCUGACAACUUCGAUUCCUCAUGUAUUAUUGGAAGCAGACCAUCAAUCGAUUCUUUGGUGCAAUGAAAUAGUUGUAUCACUUGCAGAGACUCUACUUCUUCUUGGACAUCCGACAACCAAACAAAAUACAUACACCAUCGAGGAAAGAUUAAAUAUAUUUAAAGAGGUUUUAAAGGAUUACGUUCCAAAUACACUUGGCUAUACCCAAUAUUCGACCGCCGAAUCAACCCAUCAAAACGAUGUCGUACAAGAUUAUAACAAAUACCUUUCGACCAUGAAGGAACAUCUUCGAAAUAGUACCAUUUCCUCUUCACUUAUUGAUAUUAUUAAAUCUAUUCCAUUUGAAAAAAAUAAUACAUUGUCAUUAUUACAUAAACCUUCUUUAAAUUAUAGAAAAAGAGAAGGGUUUAGAAUAACUUCAUCAUCUUCACCAGAGACAUCAUUUUAUAUACAUUACAAGGUUACAGAUAUGAUUUCAAUUCUUGAUAGCCAAGACAUUGGAUUUUUUUUAACAACUAGUUUGUCAUCAAAUGACUUUUCAGUCAUCCUCUACUAUGACAAGAACCUAGAGGAAAGUCAAGAGAUUACAUACAAAUCAUUUUACUAUCCUCCACUCCCUCCCCUCACCAAAUCCCCCGUCGCAUCACCAACCUCUCAACUCAUUUUGAAAAAGAGUGAUCUUGAGAGUGUCUAUUCCAUCUUGAUUGCUUUCUCUCACCAAGCCAGAAAACAAAGAUUUGUGGCAGUCACUCAAUUUAAAUCAAAAUCGGAUUCAAAUAUUUUAGUUUCUCCAAUUGGUCUAUUUGAAGAUCGCAGAUAUAUUUUACCAGCUGGACAUUCAAUGAUUGUUAACUUUACUUUACCAUUUUACUAUAACAAGGCACCAUUAAAAGUAUAUCUAAGACCACUUGAUCCUUUUGAGGAGAAUGGUACAAUAAUUACUUCAAACUCUGAUGAUCAACAAGAACAGCAACAGCAACAACAACAACCACUUGCUAGAAAGGAACAUCAAAUUUUUUUACCAUCAACCUAUCAACAUAUACCACGUACAAUGGAAGAAGGAAAGUUUAUAAUCAAUUCCACUAUAACUCGAAUCAGAUUCCAUCAGUCUUCUGUUCCAGCAAUGGUUAGAAUUGCCGAACCUAUUAAAAAGGUCAUUGUACAGGGUGACAACCAAAUCAAUAACGCCGAACAACAACAAGUUGGUUUUAGUUCAAAGGAAUUACUAUCGAAAAGAGAAUUAUAUUCAAAUAGUCUAGAGAGAUUAAGUGAUCUUUUAUUGGAAGAGGAACAACAACAACAACAGCAACAGCAACAUCCAACAGAAGAAGUACAACACCAACAAUUAUCUCAACCUCCUCUAUCAAACAAACAACCAUUUAGAUACGAAAGAAAGAUGGUUGAUCAUCCACACUUGUUAAUGUCAUUGGAUCCAUUCACCUCAUACGAGGUUACAAUGAUUCAAGAUGUAUUUGCUGGUAUUGGUCAACUUAUUCUUACUCAUGCAUCUUCUGUUUACCCAACCACCUAUGCUCUUUUCUUAUGGUUAUUUGCUGCACAAUUAAAUUCUUGGAGAACAAAAGAUGAGAUACCAAAUUUAUUAAUUACUCUUAGAGAUGAAGUAAUUUUAUUAUCACCAUUUUUCAUUGUAUUCCCAAUUGUAUUGUGUAUGAUUUUUGAUGUAUUUGGUUAUUCAGAACUAUCACAUGUCGAUUGGCGAAUCAUUUUCCCCGAUCCAUUUAUUGACCAAUUUAUGGUUGAAUUGCUCCCUCCAUUAUGGUCAAUCCCCUUAUUUUUCAUUUGCUCUACCUUUUUUUUAACAUUCUCAAUACUAAUUAUUAGUGUACUAUUUUAUUUUGGAUCACUUUUAAAUCAAUGUUUACCAACAUCUUUGACAUCAUCAAGAUUCCAUGUUUCCAACUACCAACUAUCAUUCUCUAAAUGGAUUAUUGUCGGUGGAUUGGUGGUAGUUUUGUUGCAUUCUGCAUUGGGCCUGGUUUUCUUUUUACUGUUCCUUUUAGUUUCACACGGAAACACUAUUGGACCAAGUAGCGGUGCCCCUAGCAAUGUACUGUCAUCACCGUUGGGUUUGGGAGCAGCCACAUUGCUCAAAAAGAAACAAUCAAGCAAGUCACACAGUCUGAUGGCCAGAGAUCUUGGAAACUAUCAGCAAAGCAUCUUUUUGAUGUAUCUUUUGACAGGAGUCAUCAUUGCACCAAACCUCAUUGUCUGGAUCAAACAUUUGACAUUUGAAUGGGUAGUUUUCGAUUCCUACGAACUUUUCGUCCUCGUUGCUAUCGCUCACAUCUGUUUAUCAAUCUCUGAUUUAAAUUUAAAUAAUUUAUUUAUACUAAGAGCAAUACUUAUUGGUACAUCGGCACUAAUUUGUAUUUAUUGUUCACUUUUAUUGUAUAGAAUCCUUGACUUUACAAUCAUCUUGUCUGUUGUGUUUAUAGUUUGUCAUAUUUGGUCACUUAAAGAGAAAAAUAACUAA